GCACACUUUUGCACUCAGCUCCUGGAUCUGACGAGAUGGCGAGCGUUUUGCGGGCUCCGUUGCGAUGGCUGGACUGAUUGCACACCUCAUUGGGCGCAUCUCUUGUUUAGAAACCCAGAUGUACUGCUCCGCGCCGUGACAGGAGCUUCACAUCUGAAGCACGUAGAGUGUGUGAUGAAGGACAAUGUGGCGGUUGUCAGACUCAACUCUCCUGACAACAAGGUCAAUGUGUUGUCAGAGGAAGUCAGUAAAGAAGUUACUGAGGUGAUGGAUGGAGUCCUCGGUAACAGAGCAGCACAGGCUGUGGUAGUCAUAUCAACCAAGCCAGGCUGUUUCAUCGCUGGAGCCGAUGUCAAGUAAAUCUCUGUUGAUUUUUUGCACUUUCAUCUCUACAUAAUAUUUUCUUUCUGUAACUUUCAGCUGGCUUGAUAAGGCUGGGUCAAUUAAAGAGUUGAAGGAGAUCUCCCGAGGAGGUCAGGCUAUGAUCCAGAGACUGGAGGACAGUGGGAAGCCUGUGGUGGCUGCCAUCCAUGGCUCCUGCCUCGGAGGAGGAAUGGAGGUGGCUCUCGGCUGUCACUACAGAAUAGCCACCAGACACCCCAAGACUGUUCUGGGAGUGCCCGAGGUGAUGCUGGGACUUCUGCCUGGAGCUGGCGGGACUCAGAGGCUCCCCAAACUGAUUGGACUGCCAGAUGCUCUGGACCUGUGUCUGACAGGGAAGAACGUCAGGGCUGACAAAGCCAAGAAGCUUGGCCUUGUUGACAUGCUAGUGGACCCUCUAGGGCCAGGUUUAAAGUCACCAGAGGAGGGGAACAUUGAAUACCUGGAGGAUGUCGCAGUGGGUGUGGCCAGGAACCUGGCGUCAGGAGCCCUCUCCCUCCCGACCAGAGAGAGGAAGUGGACCAACAUGAAGGGGCUGCAGUUCAACCUCACCACCCACCAGCGCCACGUCAGGAACUAUGUGUUUGGGCAGGCCAGGAAGAAGGUCAUGAAGAUGACCAACGGUCUCUACCCUUCCCCUCUCAAGAUCAUGGAGGUGAUUCGUGCUGGUCUGGAGAAAGGACCAGUGGAAGGCUAUGAAGCUGAGUCUCAGGGGUUUGCUGAACUGGGGAUGAGCAGUGAGUCAAAGGCACUCAGAUCCAUCUUCUUUGGACAGAAUGAGUGCAAGAAAAACAGGUUUGGUAAACCUGCCAAACCGGCUGAGACCCUGGCCGUACUGGGAGGUGGCCUCAUGGGUGCCGGCAUUGUACAGGUGAGUCUGCAGAAGGGAUAUCGGGUGGUGUUGAAGGACAUGGAUGAGAUUGCUCUGAACAGAGGCUACCAGAGAGUCUAUGAAGGUCUAAAUGGUCGUGUCAAGAAGAGGGCGAUGACAAAUUUUGAACGAGACCACACCCUCUCAUUACUCUCUCCCCAGCUGGACCACAAGGGGUUUGAGAAGGCUGACAUGGUGAUUGAAGCCGUUUUUGAGGACAUUGACUUGAAACACAAGGUGUUGAGAGCCACAGAGGCAGCGACUGCUGAUCACUGUGUGUUUGCCUCCAACACUUCGGCUCUGCCCAUUGCCAAGAUAGCUGCUGUCAGCAAGAGACCAGAGAAGGUGGUAGGGAUGCACUAUUUCUCACCAGUGGAUAAGAUGCCACUCCUGGAGAUCAUCACCACCGACAAGACCUCAAAAGAAACUGCUGCCCUAGCAGUAGACGUAGGUCUGAAGCAGGGUAAGACGGUGAUAGUGGUGAAGGACAGUCCUGGAUUCUACACCACUAGAAUCCUGGCUCCCAUGUUGGCAGAGUGUGUCCGUCUUCUGCAGGAGGGACUCAGUCCUCAAAAUCUGGACAAGUUCAGUAAGGCUUUUGGGUUCCCGGUAGGCAUGGCGACCCUGGCUGACGAGGUGGGAAUCGACGUGGCCUACCACGUGGCGCAGUUCCUCCUCAAUGAGUUUGGAGUCAGGUUAGUCAAUGUAUAUAUGUAUAUACACAGUUGGGAGGGCGCUUACCAGUUUAUGCAUUUGAUGUACUGUACAUUUGGAGUUAGUGAGUGUUUAACUUGGUAGCGGGGAGGUUCAUUCAACUGUAUUGCGUUACGGCUUUCAUGUUGUACAGUAUGUAUAAUUAGCCAAAGAGCGAAGUACACUUGUACUUGUCCAGUGUAGUGUGUGACAUUAUGAAUGUAUUUAUAUACAUAUAUGCGAACAUC